AUGGAGUCUUUCCUGCCCCUGGGUGGCUUCCAGCUGCCCUUCCAGAAACGCCUCAGCAGAUUGUACAACGACACUAAAAAGUCAAGCGACUUCGUCAAAGAACCCAUUCAAAAUGAAGAAGAUCCGCAGAUCAAGGCUCUACAUCGAAAGCUGCGUAUCCAAAAAGACCGCCUUGUCAGUUGGGGCGUUGAAUGGUCCGACCCGAACCAGACCGAGAUUGACGAAUCUCUCUCGAAAGCUGGUUUGAGCGAAGUCGUGGGAAGUAUCAUGUCCACCAUCAAGGACACACUCGCAGAGGCGGAACCCCUUUGGCUGAGUUCAAAACGCAUAAUUCAGGCACCGCAAACUGGAUCAAAAGAUACAAAACCGCCACUGAUCCAAUGGGAUAAGAACCAUUUUGAGGACCUGGUCAAUGACCUGACUUCAUCAAUUGACACACUAUAUGAUCUCUCACGCACAAGAGCAGCUGGAAUUCCUAGGAGAUCGUCCAAAACACCAUUCAAGUCUGCAGCGGCAGAAGACUACAGACCAUUCGAAUCUACUCGCAUGCAAACACCCCAGCAAAUCGAUCCCAAGACCUUCGAACACUGGCGCCCCAAGCAGGGUGACGAAACCUCCACUCUUCGAGAACUUGUGUACAUGAGCAAGACAGCUUAUUCUGAACUAACUCAUGGUACAUCUCGUGAGCCAUGGGGACCGUUGCUACUCGAAUAUGCUACCUUUGACUCCAUCUACGCCAGUACGGGUAUUAUGCCUCCUAUGGCACGCUUCGAGAAGCUCUCGGCUGGCCUGCAACAAGACUCUCAGAGGUCUCCUGGCACAUGGACUGGGCUGCCUCGACUACUCGGAUAUUUUGAGGACAUGGAGAACUCAAGACUUGGUCUUGUUUACCGGUUUCCUCCAUCGUUUAACGGCGUCUUAUUGGAGCGUGUCGCAAAGAACCCCUCAUAUAAUUUGCCUACUCUGGGAGAUCUCCUCUCAACACCAGGGUCAGAGCCCAAGUUGGAAGCCAAGUUCAGACUCGCUCACAAUCUCAUGAAUACCAUCUUUGAUCUACAUGCUCGCGACAUCACUCACGGAAACAUAGUUCCAACCACUGUCUCCUUCUGUGAUGCAGCAUCGCAGCCCGGUGCAGUCAAAGGAGAGGUAGAUAUUCGACGUCCCCUACUUUCGUCAUUCGAUCUCUUUUCUGAAGACGCCCCUUCAACGUCACCAAUUCUCUCCAAGCAUCCGCUAGAUCCGCGCAAUGCCCAAUCCUCCCCUCUUGCCAACAAUCCCGACCAGAGGGUUCUCGACUUGUACUCUUUGGCUACACUACUGCUUUCAGUCGGCUUAUGGAAGAAACUUGAGGAUAUUGUUCCAGAAACCUCCACAAGCAUUCCCGAUUCAGCCCUGGAAGAGCUCUCUAUAAGAUGCGGCAGUCUAUACACAAAGGCAGUUCAAGCAUGUUGGAUUGCAGUCGACGACGAACUUGCAGGACGAUCCUCUGGUGAAUCUUUGUUAUCCUCAGUCCAAGUCAGGUGCAGUCGCUUCUUGGAGGCCUGCUGUAUCCUGGAUGGUGUCAGUGGUUUGGAGGAGAGGCUCGACAAGGAGCUCAACCCUGGCGAGGCGACUGCCGUCCCUGCUGAUGCCCCUACAAAGAUGAGCAAGGAUACAAAAGACGUAAAGGAUUUCAAGCCAUCGUUGAAAGCUACAAGCGAGAAGCCAAUGCCAGCUUCGGUACCAGCCUUGGGGGCAGAGAAUGUUGCUUCCAAGGUUGAGAGUGCUGUCGACAAUGAGGAUGCUCUUGACAAACAAUCCGAGACCAAAAUGCGCCUUUAUCCUCAUGUACCCCUCGCACCAGAGGUCGUUGAUAGGUGGAACAAGAUCCUCAUGCCCCAGAUUAACCACGCGCUCCGCCACUUCUAUCGCAAGAACCCCGAAUCCGUCGAGAUCUCCCUUGAAUCGGUCGGACCAAGCCCUCAAAAGACACAACCUACCGUGCUUGUUGUGUGCACCUCUGUGGGCAAGGUUCGCGCUAUCUUGAAGAAGAGAAUAGGUGAUCUCUUUGACGGAACCACCGGCUUUGGACUUAAGGUAUGCCGAGGUCGCGUCUUGAGAUCGCGUCGACAGCCCAACUCAGUCCUUAGAUCUAUGGCCGGAAGAAGUGCCAAGGGUUUUGGUGAAGAUGAUAUGGAUGCCAUAAACCCCGAAUACCAGGAACGCCCAAGCAAUGGUGCAAGUAUCGGGGCUUGGAUCGGAGAUCGCCAUCUACCACCCGUGAGUCUUGGAGGUCUCGUUAUUGUUGACGACAAGCCCUAUGGGAUGACAGUCCAUCACAUGCUCGAUGACCCAGACCGCGACUUUGGACCAAGCGACACUUUGAGAUGCAGUGCCUUGCCCGACAUGGACUGGUAUGCGCAAGCUGGCGAUGAUAGCACCGUCGAUGACGAGUUCGGCUACGAAUUGUCCGAUACUGAGUCCGAGGACUACUCUGAUUCCGAUAUUACCAGCGACUACGACGACGAUGAGGAUGAAGACGACCAGGAGGAAUACAACGAGCCCGGCGACAUCCCGGGUAUCGAGCCCGGAUGCGGCGAUGGAUACAUCGUGACGCAACCAGCUCUUGACGAUGUGGAAGAAGGAUUCUAUCCUGACCCAGAGACUCAAGAUGAAGAUCACAUUGAUACGUACAGUGUUGGGAAGGUGUACGCCUCGAGUGGCAUUCGUCGGAAGCAGGCCUCUGGUCUUGUGCAUGAAGUCGACUGGGCGCUUUUCAAGUUUGCCCACGGCAGACUGCCCGACGAUAACACCAUCCCUCGUGUUGACGCAAAGGACUCAUCACUACGACCUACUGAUGUAGUCCCUUCAGAGUCACUGCCGAAUAUGGAAGUUCAGUGCAUGGCUCGUACGAGCGGCUUACAGACCGGCAAGAUCCUGCCUGCGCUGACCAGUGUCAAGAUCUACGGUCGCGUCUCGCCUAGCCAUGCUUACCAAGUCACCAGCGGAGACGGUGAAGAGCAAGAAUCCCCUUGCAAGGGCGUUCCUCUCGGUAUUCCAGGUGACAGUGGUGCUUGGAUCGUUAGCCGCGACGACGGCCAGCUUUGUGGUCACGUCCUCGCCUGGAGUCAGCGCAAGCGCGUCGCCUACAUCUGCCCCAUGGACGUACUCCUUCAGGACAUUGCAGACACACUGGAAGCUCAUGAAGUCAAGCUUCCAGGAGGCAGUGCCGUGGUCACAAGCUCCGUCUACAAAAAACAGGAUCUUGUGGAAGAUGAUCUAGAAGACUUGCUUGAAGAAGAACAGGAUUUGCCUCCACAGCUGGUGGGCUCUCCAGACCCGGUCAGAGCUACUGCCGAAAGGCGUAAAUCGCCUCAAUCGGAUUAUAGCUCCAGGUCGAGUGUAAGGAGCUCUUCGAGUCCUAUCCGACUCGAUACAUCUAGUGAUUUGGGAGGAUUGUCGAACCGAUUUGAAGAGGCAUUGAGUAUGAGCGGCAGUUUUGGAAUAGGCGUUAGCGGGUGA